GACUGCGGAUGCUUGGUAGUUGGUACCUCAUCCAGCCUAGGGCAGAGGAACCAACUCUGUGAAGAUGUUACGCAGCAUCACCGGCUGUCCUAUGAGCAAGGAUGACAACAACACCAACCACAUCGCAACAGCGGACCGUCAGACAUGCUUUUGCUAAGGACAGUACGGAGUUGACUAACAUUAUGUGGUAUCCUAGGCAAAAUUGGUCUGGGACGUGAAUAGUUUUUUCUCUCUUUUUUUGUGCUGUGCAAUCCGAUCCGGUAUCAUUCAGGGUAGAAUAUAAUGUCUAGAAUAUUGCACAGUCAUGAUGGAGUGCUAGAACCGGAUGGCGAUGCCGCGGGUAAAGAAGACGGGGCAUUUUCACUCUGAACAAAUUCAUGCUGUGUUUGAAAAGGACUGAGUCGCUUCUUUAAUGCAGCUUCCUGAUAUAACCUACUGUUGGCAGGAAGAACUGCGUGGCUGAAAAAAAAACUGACACGUGGAUUUAUCGUCAAACUCCAGGCGAUCCGUCCUUAAUCACCCGUGCACUUUUUAUCACACGGCAGUAACAUUAUGGAUUGGCCUACGCGUUAAUCGAAAGGAAAUGAUACAUCGGUAUCAUCGCGAACAUCAAACAAUAGUUUCUUUUUGUCGACUUUUCUCACUCAUUCCAUAGCCUUACUGCGCUGAAUUGUGUAGUGCAGGACACAGCAAAUCAAAUCGUAUACCUCUCUCGUUGAAUGGCAAUUCUGCAAAAACAUGGAAAGAACUCUAGUCCAGAUUUGGUCUGCCUCAAAGAAAACCCCCCAGACAAAAUCGGGGUCGCUGGAGGUCAUCAGAAGAAGUUGAGUGAACCGAAUACGAACUGGCCAAGACCCCUGGCGCGGGUAUGGACGGUGGUGCUACUGCUGGGGACCUGUCUGCUGUACUGCGCCCGCGUGGCCAUGCCCAUCUGUGCCGUCAGCAUGGCGGAGAAGUUCAACUGGACCAAGAGGGAUCAGGGCAUGGUGCUGGGCAGCUUCUUCUGGGGCUACUGCUUCACACAGGUUCUCGGAGGCUACGUCAGCGACAGGGUUGGAGGUGAGAAGGUGCUCCUGCUCUCUGCGGCGGCCUGGGGGGCGAUGACAGCCUUCACGCCCAUCCUGGCCCACUUCUGCUCUCAGCCCAUCUUCUCCAUGACGCUGGCCCGCUUCCUUAUGGGGCUGCUGCAAGGUGUGCACUACCCGUCUCUGGCCAGCCUGUGUUCUCAGAAGGUGGUGGAGAGUGAGAGAGGAUUCCUCAUGAGCACUGUGGGCAGUGGCUCCUAUCUGGGAACACUGGUGAUUGGGGGGGCUGGUUCCCUCAUGUUGGACCUGUAUGGUUGGGAGAGUGUGUUCUAUGUGUCAGGCCUGCUCUCUGUCCUCUGGGCGUACUGCAUGUGGAAAUACCUGCUCAAAGGGGAAGGUCCUAUCAUCUCAUUGGAGUCGCUGGGUAGUGGAGGGCCCCAGUCCAAACUGUCCAGGAGACACUGGCUGCGCCUCUUCAAACAACCUGCUGUCUGUGCUGUGAUUAUUACGCACCUUUGCACCGCCAGCACCUUCUUCACAUUGUUAUCAUGGCUACCAACUUACUUCAAGGACACCUUCCCUGACGCCAAGGGUUGGGUGUUUAAUGUUAUCCCAUGGUUUGUGGCCAUCCCCUCUUCACUCUUCAGUGGCUGUCUCUCUGACCACCUCAUCAGCCAAGGGUAUGACACUGCUGCUGUGAGGAAGCUCAUGCAGUUCUUCUCCAUGGGUGUGUCCAGUGUGUUUACCCUCCUGCUGUGUGGCACCACCACCUUCCCCAUGGCUGUGGCCUUUGUCUCUGCCACCCUGGGUCUCACCACCUUCAGCCACAGCGGUGUGUCUGUGAACGUUCAGGACCUGGCUCCGUCCUGUGCUGGGGCUCUGUUUGGUGUUAUGAAUACCUGUGGAGCUUUUUCAGGUGUGCUGAUGGUGUAUUUCUCGGGAUAUCUGAUCGAGGCUACAGGGUCGUGGGCAUCGGUCUUUGCCCUCAUCACCGUGGUGAACUUGGUGGGCCUGGUCACCUUCCUGGCCUUCGCUGAGGCCCGCCGGGUCGACAUCGACUCUUCUAAGGGCCGCUACCACAACAUCCACAUCUAAGUUCACACGUUGGGAUAUGGGAACCACAGCUUGCUACCACAACAACCACCUAUGAAAUUGAAGGGCCAAAACGGGACCAGGGUCUGCACUAUCCACAUCUGAGUUCCUAAAAUAGGACCAGAAACCACGUCUAUCUACCAUAGAAAUGCACACCGGAGUCUUCACUAUGGGACGAGAACAGAGAGAACCUUGGCCUGUUAAACGUAUCAAAACAUCCACAUCAGAAUUUGAGGAAGUGAUAACAGUAGUGAAUGAGUCUGCCCCAGAGCUGUUUGAAAGGCGGUAUGUCAGGUCAUAGUGCUACAACAUAUGCUUUUUAUUGUUUAAAGAACCAUUCCAGGCAUGUUUUUGAAUGUUUGAUCUUCAGCCAUCUGUGUGCGUGUUGGGCUGGGAUUGUGGAGUAGUAGUCAUGGAAACUGGUUCCACACCAAGGUCUGUGUUUAUGUUGGAGGAACACGAGGAGAAUGACAGAUGUGUUUGAGUUGGUCUAGUCAGUUUGACAGUUUUAGACAGAGCAAGAUGUGUGUGUUUGUGGGUGAGGAGGGAGGCUUAGCUCUGGUGAGACUAUGGGGAAUGUAGACUGAACAAGAAAGGGCUGUUUGGGGGGGGAGUAUUAGUAGGUGCGUCUCAGUCCCUCCCCCUGCCUCAAACAUGACUGUGUGAGUGACAUCUAAUUAGGAGGUGACUAAUCACCCAUUCACCCACUCUGAUGUACUGUACAAUUUACCUGAUCGCCAUGGUUACAUGCUGGUCAUCUUGUCAGCGCGCUUCACUGCAUUUAGUUUAAUCUCCAGAGCUUUUACAGAGAGACUAUAGCCUCGACAUACAGUUAGCUAGAAGGAUUUGUUUUGGAUUAAAUUAAGAAGACCAAAGGUUGUUGUUAUUAUUAUUACAUUUCUUAUUUUUAUUGUCAUGAACAUAAUUGCAUGACAUGUUCAAAUAGAAAUACCUCUAUACCUUUUUUAUUUAUUUAAUUUAUAUUAUGACUUACAGUAUAUAUCAAUUAUGUUGUCAAUCAAGAAUGUAUGUAGAAAGAUGAGACUCAGUUGAGAUUUUGUCAUAUUUGUGUGAGAGUGGGCACUUAAAGGAGACUUGGUCAAUGCAGUUUCCCACAGCUGAUGAGGCAAUCAACUGUCAUGCAGUAGACAGCGCCCUGUUUGUUAUGGUUACUUCAUAGUCUGGGCAGGAUGUGACAUCAUUGGUGAGGAAAUCCAACUGUGACAGGAAGUGAAUGUAUUACGGUGUAUAGCUUUAUCAGCCACAGAGGGAUACUGACACAGUAGGCUACUAGUAGCUACUCAGUCUGAAUCAAAGAUACAUAUACUUAUGAUGAAUGGCAAAGGUGCAUAAAGAUGGAGGAAUUUGUGGUAAGUACAUGGGGGCCAUCUUUAUGCACAUUCGCUAUUGUAUCAGUCAUUAUUUAUCAAUUGUAGUAAUGCAAGUGAAGGCAAUUAUUUCAUUGAUAUUGUUUCAUGUCACCAAAUGUUUUACCAAUUGCUGAUCAUUCUCUGACUGAAUAAGAAAAAGAGUGGUCCAUAUUGUCUUAAGUUCAUCUACUCUUUUCUUACCGUAUCCAGUAUAAUGAUUUGAAUCAUCUGUCUUGUUGUUGUUAUUCUAGGCUCUUAAACUAAACCCAUAGAAAGUUGUCUAAAGGCAGAAUCUUAAAAAAGUAAUGUGUACAAAGCCUGGGUGAUGUUGGCAUUGGCCUCAGUGGCAUUGUGGGAUUUGUAGUCUGGGGUAUACUUGGAGGACCUAUCAGUAAAGUUCAUUGAUGCCAGAAUAAAGGCACCUGGGCAGCUGAAUUCUGGAAAACUAUGGCCUUGAUUACAGUCCGGUCACGAUAAGGUCAAACAGGAUGGCAUCAAAUCAGAGUUCUGUUUUAGCACUUUUGAUAGAAAUGUUCUUGUUACUGAAUACAUAAUCAGUGUUUACCUGUAGAUACAUAUAUGAAGUAAACUUGCAUAUAUAGCUGCUUUAUACCUUAGGGCUUAGCAUACAAAAGGUAACGCACAUAUUAGUGACAGGUUACUGUACAAAAGGUAACACACAUAUUAGUGACAGGUUACUGUACAAAAGGUAACACACAUAUUAUUGACAGGUUACUGUACAAAAGCUCUGCCCUAUGUCUGACCAAUUUGUAGUCUUAUUGUUUUGUGUUUUACUUUUUUGUAAACUAAAUACCCAAAAUGUUCGAGUACAAAAGCUGUCUGAGACUACCUUAUUCUAAAGCUCUUUCACUUCACUUGCCUUAGCUGAUGAUUGUUUUGAAAUGCCUUCAGUGCUUGUCUGAUUUUUGAAAAAUCUGGGUUGAUGUCCAUCCAGUAGGAAUUCAGUAAAAUCAGUGAGUGAAUUUAAAUUCUAAUUAAAGAAUUGAAAAAUGCCAUCUCAAUCAGGGUUUUUUAUAUUCUUGAAAUGGAAUUUAGAUUCAGAAUUGAUCCCAACCCUGUGUCAUAUGCCGUCCUUUGUUUCGCUUAUAAUGUGUCGUUUUAGAAAACACAGGAACACAAGCGCAGCUGUGUAGUUCUGCCCAUAGAAUUAGAAUUAAAAUCAUAGAAUUCUGACUCUAUGCUUCUGCCCACCAACAUGCCACCAAGCUUUGUGGCUUGCUGCAAAAGCGUACUAACGAUUAUUUUUGAUAAGAUAAUAAUGUAAGAUAUGUAUUAUAUAUAAAUAACGAUUGCAACAUGUUUAUGCAAAAUAAAAGCAGUAUUCUAUUGCUUCAAAAAUAUUGUAUUUGUAAGCUUAUUUUAUUGAACUUGAAAUAAAUAACUAUUUUAUCAACUUUA